AUGGAUGAAAUCAAUGAUGAUUUCGGAGAAACAGAUGUAACACUUGUCAUUGGCGCAAAUGAUACAGUUAAUCCUAUUGCUCUUGAACCGGGUUCUAGUAUUGCCGGUAUGCCUGUUUUACACGCGUGGAAGAGUAAACAGGUGAUUGUUAUGAAGAGAGGUAUGGCAAGUGGAUAUGCUGAUGUGGUUAAUCCGAUGUUUUAUAUGCCCGGUACGAGGAUGCUUUUUGGUGAUGCUAAGGAUAGUUGUGAUGCUAUUAAAGGUGCACUGGAAGCGAGAAAUCGUAUGUAUGACGUCUGA